UCCAUCAGCCACCAGCAAAAGUGAAACGUCUCGGGUUCCGUAGGCCAAAUCCGUGUUCCCAAAAAGUGGCCCCAAACGGGUACCGAAAUGUAGCUGCCACUAGUGAAAACGGUUCUUCGCGUGACCGGCUCGCGUUUGGUGAUAUUUUGGUGCGGUUUGCGUUCCGAUUUGGCCCCGAAAUCGACCAGUGAAAAAUCGAGAAAAUUUCAGAUCUCAACAAUGGCGGCCGCUGCUGGUAGCGCUUCUUGUUCUUUUUCGGACUGCCGUCGUCGUCGUCGUGGUUGUUGUUGUUGGUUUCGAUCCGAUGAUGGUGCUUGGUGGUGUUACUCGAUGGACAACGAUAAUUACAGUGCUAGUGCCCGGAUUUCACGACAGUGCCCACAGGCGGAACACGAUCCGGUGAUAGUUCUGUUUGCCGGAGGGUCGCUUCCGGUGCAAGAGAAGCUGUGAGCCGAGCAAAGCGAUGAUGGCCAGAUUGUGCUCGAGUGAUUUUUUUUUUACUUUCGAUUGCGUGAGUAGUGUUUACAAAUUAUAGCCAAGAAGAGAGGAAAGUUAUUAUUUUCCCGAUUGCAUUCUUGGUGGGGUGUUUCCGGAAGUGAAUGGAAAGGGACCGAUAAGCUUCCGUGAUAGUGAUAAGAGAGCAAAGUUUGGUAAGAAAUAGUAAAACAAGGAAAAAGUAAAACAAUUUUGUUGUGAAUCCGUACAAAGCUGCUGCUUGUUAAGAUUAUUUUUUGUCACGAAUUGUGCCGAAAGAAGGAUAGCAGAAAAACUGAUUGAACAAACUAAAUCGAAGUAGUAAAAGGAAUUAUGGAUCCGGAACAAAUAAUACUGGACGACGAUUUUGAUGAUGGUUCCACGGAAGGCGCGGAUUAUGAUUUUCUGCAGGAAUCGGAACAUGACGUCCUAUCGGUUAACAAUCCGCUAGAAUUUGAAUCAGAAAGGGUUUCUUCAGUUUCUACAGCCGAUCGCUAAUUCUUCUAAAGCAACCAACCAACAACUUUACCGACAAAAAUUUCUAGAUCUUUAUACACUUAUAGAUCCCAUCACAGGGCCAGUUGACGAUUCAUUGGAGUCUAAAACUGGUUCCGUGACGCAGCGUCCUUCCGGAGGACCACCCACAGUUCGACCGGUAACGAUACGUUUCGGUGUUGGUGGUGGAAAACCGUCUGCUGCCGCCCUUCGUCGAGGGCCAGGUCGUCCGAAAAAGGAUUUCCUACAGCAGGGAAAAAUGUCGUCGGGAUCGAGUGGAACGCCUCCUACCGGUGCUGGGCCCACGCUGAAAUUCAGUGGUGGAGUCCUCACCGGAACUGGUCUCGUUCCAUCGGCGAGUGUCAGCAGUUUGGAACCCAAAAUAAUCAAAAGAUUUAAGAAUACUAAUGUAGUUCGUGGUAGUAUUCCUAAAAGGAAAACGGAUAAUUUAUCCGGAAUAACCAGCUUGGGCAGCAACAGUGAACUGAGCGGUAGUUUGACUUCACUUGUGUUGCCAUCUCCAAGCGAUGAGACACCUGGCAGUUCGGUGGCUUCGACGCCUACGGCCGAAAUGGAAACAGAUCCGGCCCUGCUGAUGCCGGCACCGGAAGAGUUUCCCUACUUCCCGGAAAAGUAUCAGGGUAAAUUUUGCGCUCUUUGCAAUCUGGGCGAACGCAGCCAGCUAGGUCAAGGAGAAAUGCUCAGGAUAGAGAUCAAAGAUGACGCUCAGAAGGCCGUUGCAGCCGCCCUACAAUCUUCGUCCCAGGAUGAGAAAGGUCCCGCGGAUGCGCUCGGAGAUAAAAGUCCUAGAACUGCGGCAGCUGCGGCGGUUGUUGCUCUCGGAAUACCACCCGUUUCUAGCAGCAACAAAAGACAAAAAGGAUUAAACAAAUGCAAAAAUCCAGUCGUUACGGCGGAGUACGUCGAUGAGCUGGAAAAAAUUGGCCAUGCGGAUCCGAUCGAGUUUACCUCGAUAAUCGAUGGAGGAUUUUUCUACAUUCACCGAUCGUGUGCUAUCUGGUCCUUCGGAGUUGGACGAGACACCGUCAGUGGAGUGCUGAGCAAUUUGGAGGUGGUGGUUGCUCAGGCGUUGAGUAAAAAGUGUUACUUCUGUUCCCGUCACGGAGCCAGCUUGUCCUGCAAGAUGUCCUGCCCGAAAUCAUUCCACUUCCCCUGCAUAGCCGCUGCCGGGGGCUUCCAGGUGAUCCAAUCGUACAACUGCUUCUGCAAGGAGCACCUGGGUCAAGUGCCUUUAGUGUGUACGGACGACAUCAACUGUCGGCAGUGCUGUGCCCUCGGGGACGUCGGGAAUCUGACGAUGUGCUCGAUCUGCGGGGAUCACUACCAUGGGACCUGUGUCGGGUUGGCUCAGCUGCCGGGGGUACGUGCCGGAUGGCAGUGCAGUUCCUGUAAAAAGUGUCAGAUAUGUCGUGUGCCUGAUUCGUCCGAAGGUCGUACGGUGGCGUGUGAGCAGUGCGAUAAAAUCUACCACGCCAGCUGCUUGCGGCCGGUGAUGACUUCCAUUCCGAAGUAUGGCUGGAAGUGUCGGUGUUGUAGGGUUUGUUCCGAUUGUGGUUCGAGGACUCCAGGAGCUGGUGCUUCCUCCCGGUGGCAUGCCCACUAUACGGUUUGCGAUUCGUGUUAUCAACAGCGGAACAAGGGAUUUUCUUGUCCCAUUUGUCAUCGAGCUUAUCGGGCUGCUGCCCACAGGGAAAUGGUCAAGUGUAGUGGCUGCAACAAAUUCGUGCAUAGCACAUGUGAUCCGGAUGCAGAUUUAUCGGUGUAUCAUACGAAGAAAGAGAACAAUCCGGACUAUGAGUAUUUAUGCAGCCCCUGUAAAACGGUUAUGCAUAGUGGACGUAUCGCUGCAUUGCGGCGGAAUAGUAGCAUAGAUGACGAUAGUAUGUCUGCAUCGCAGGAAAGUCUUAACGAUGAUGCGAUGGAUGUAGACUUUGAUCCAAGAGACAAGUUCGCUAUAGGAGAUAUUGGUCUGGGGAAAGGUAAGCCUUACGUUGCUAGUAAAAUAGCGAAAAAGCGUCUCGGUCUAUCGAUGGGCGGAAACAGUCGUCCCAAAGGAACUGGCAAAGGAUUUCAGAAGCGUACUAGAUUGGCAGAUUUCACUAGGAAACGAGGGCCAAAGGCUAAGAUGAGGGGAAUAUUUGGUGUGCCUGGACUGGGAUUACAGCGCCCUACUGCUGAUUCGAGUGCCACAAAAUCUACUGAAGAUGAACCGGGAGUUGACAAUCGAUUAGUACUGUGCUCGGCGAAGGAUAAAUUUGUACUCACGCAGGAUAUCUGUGUUAUGUGCGGAGCUAUUGGUACCGAUCAGGAGGGCUGUCUGAUAGCGUGUACCCAGUGUGGUCAAUGUUAUCAUCCCUAUUGUGCAAAUGUCAAAGUAACAAAAGUCAUUCUACAGAAGGGUUGGAGAUGCUUGGAUUGUACUAUUUGUGAGGGCUGCGGUCAAAAGAACGACGAAGGAAGGUUGAUUCUGUGUGACGAUUGUGAUAUUUCAUAUCAUACAUAUUGUAUGGAUCCACCUCUGGAGCAGGUACCUCAAGGAAACUGGAAGUGUAAAUGGUGUGCCAUUUGCUUAAAAUGUGGUACGAAUGAGCCGGGUUACAACUGCAGCUGGUUGAGUAACUACUCGGAAUGUGGCCCGUGCGCAAGUCAAGUGCAUUGUCCCUGUUGUUUCGAGGGCUACUCCGACGGUGAGCUGAUAAUACAAUGUAACCAAUGUGAAAGAUGGCUUCAUUGUGCCUGUGAUCAGAUCAGGAAUGAAAAUGAUGCUGAAAGAUGUGCCGAAGACGGUUACAACUGUGUUCUUUGUCGGCCGUACGAUCAGCUUCCUCCUCAUCUAGUACCGAAGAAAAAACCAGCACCACUUCCAGUAGCCCCGGUACCCAAAGCUGUCUUAAAAUUGGAAGAAAAAAUUGCGCCAUUGGCUUUGGAAGGUAAUCAUUUUUUGGAUGGUGUGUAUUUAAGCGAACAUGGUUUGCAUCAGAUCAAAGCUCUCCAAGCCGAAUUUGGAAGGCGCGGUAAACGCAAGCCAAAACUUCAAAUGCAACCUCCUCCGGUAGAUAAAGAUGAUGGAAUUUUGGCAGCGAUCGAAUCCGUCAUUGCUGGUAGUAGUUUGGAUAAUUCGUUCGACGAUGUCAAACUUGAGCCUCUGGACCCUAGGGAAGAAGCUGAAAUUUACAAAGACGGAAUGGUCUGGAAUGAACCUGUUCCUCCAGAAGGGUUUGCUCUUUGUAGAAACGAGCAAGGAAUCAUCGUACUGAGGAAAAAGCGUCAAAGAAACCUGCAGAAGCUUGGAAUAGGAGGAUUCUUUGUACGAAAUCGUGCUGUUCGAAGUAAAGACGGUAAGGAUGACGAAGAAGGGGGCGAAGGUACUGGUUUAAACGAGGAAGGAGUGCCAGAAGUGAAGCCAAAGAAAAAACCCAUUCGACGAAAGCAGAAGAACAAACUGAUUGAAAUUUACCCAACCAUAUUACAAGACGCAUUUUUUGGGCGACCUUUGUUGAACUGCAACGCCCCUACCAAGUUUGAAACCGUAGAAAGUGACGACGAUGUAAAGAGCGAUGUGUCGGAUGACAAAACAAUCAAACUGAGUGCAGAAGAGCUUAAAUAUAUGCAAGAAAUGAAAAUAAAACAAGAAGAAAAGGUAGUUCAGGAGCAGAAAGCACUACAGCAAACUUUGGAAUCCCAGGCUCAAGUGACAAAAACCGAACAGUCCGGAAGUAUUAUGGACGACGCAACAGGUGCAAUAAAACCCGAGGAGGAUGAUAAUAGUGACACUGACUUAAAGGAUGUGUUGGGGCUGCCUAAUGACCUGAUAGAGGAAGACUUUGUUAAUCGAAUUAUGAACGACGAUCUGGUCGACACCGCAGAUGGAGAACUAGAUGACGGUCUGGGAAAGUCUUCCAAAAACGAGCUGGCCGAUAUUCUUAGUCCCGAUUUCAAUCUAGACAAUUUGGGAAACAUGGACAGUAAGGAAGUGGAGGAAAUCUUCAAGAACGUUAUGACCGACGAAUCACAGGAAUCCCAGGAAUCGAUGUUCGCAAAUUCGAUGACCCCGUAUACUUCAAGUACCUCGACUCCAUCACACAGCAUCGAUGUUUCUAAGAAACCUGUCCAACAGAGAUACGCUAAUCCGGCAACCAUGGGUAUGCAGGCUCUACCACAUCAGAUCCAACAGUCCCCGCAACCUUCUACACCUACCGGACAACCGAUGAUGGUUGAUCCAACGAUGCAACAAAACAUGGGAAUGCAAUCGCCACAAACUCCGAUGAUGAACCCGAUGAGCAUUCCUUCUCCUCACAUUCAACAAUCACCUCAACAUCAAUCGAUGGGACCAAACAUGAUGAUCCAGCAACCAUCGCCUUUGCAACAGCCGGGAACUCCCGGAACUCCGAUACAAUCCAUUCCAACUCCGACAACGCCUCAACCGCACUUAUCGAUUAUGUCUCCUCAGCAUAUGCAACAACAGCAGCAACCCCAGAUGCAACUACAACAACCGAUGCAGCAGAUGAUAAUGAACCCUCAACAGCAACCGCAACAGGGCCAGCAACAGAUUAACCGAGGGUAUUACUCUAACAAUUAUUUCUCUCCAAGGAAUCAGUUCGGAUUAGGUGAUCCGAUGCUUCAACAACAGCCACAACAGCAAAUUAUAACCCAACAAGUGAUCCCUGGAGGACUUCCUCCGCAGCAACAACCUCAAAUGCAGCCCGGUCAGCAAGCUCAGUGGGUACCAUCCCCAGUGAUGGGUCAGUCCAUGCAGCCCAAUGCUGGAAUGCAAAUGGUACAAUCUGUUCCGCAAGGGGGUCCCAUAACUCCUACCGGAUCUACAGUUGGCACAGCUGACAUGGGUGGCAAUUUGGGUGUUGCCGGCGAAGAUAACGCAGCUGGAGGAGCAGGAGCUUCAGCAGCUCAGAAAAUGUCCGAGCGAAUGCGCCUGGAUGAACCCCUCGGUGAACUGGCGACCAUCUCCUCGGUGCUGUACUGUAACACUCAGCAUCCGGAGUUGAAAACCGAAUAUCCCAACUGGCCCGAUCGCUGCAAGCAGAUUUUCAAACGCUGGCGGUUACUUUCAACCGAACAGAAGCAACCCUAUCUGCAGCAGGCCCGGGACAACCGGUCAGCCGUUCGAAUGAAGAAAUCUCAACAGGUACCGCAAAUGUCACCUAAAGACGGCAAUAGUAAUAGUUCAGGUCAAGUGAAUGUUGUCCCAUCACCUUCCUCAUCAUCAUCCGCAUCACAACUAUCAUCUACCGGUGCUGUUUUGGCGUCGCAGGGCGGCCUUGCGGGCACAGAUCCAUCGAUGUUGAUCGGCUCCGGCGGCAGUGUUGGCAUUGAUCCGAUCGCCUCACCGCUGAUGAUGACGAACCAGCCGAAUCAGAUCCAACUCCAGCAGCAACAACAACAGCCGCAACAAGUCCUGAAGGCCCACCAGCAACAGCUUCAUCAACAACAGCAGCUAACCGAGGUGCCAGGAAAUUCUAUGGACGAUGGAACAACCGAUAGUCUAGACGAACUAACCGCAGCAUCUAGUUCUAACGCUAUUAGUACCCUUCUCGAUAGUAACACCUCACCUUCCUCCCCUAACGAUACUAACACCAAUGCAUCCUUAGACUCUGUCAAUGGUGAUGGUAGCAAACUCAGUUCUACUUGCACAACUACCACUAGCAGCACAAGCACACCUGCUGCCACUAUUAAUACAAUAACGCCCAACACGAUGAAUGAUAAUGCAACGUCAAACGUACUGUCUGCUAGUGCCACGGAGGGCCAACCUUCAGGUUCAGUUAGUAACAAAGCUAACCUGAUUGUAGCCGCCAAUAUAGCCAAUACGUUCUUGAACCUUUCCAAUAUGACUCCCUCUAAUAGUGGUGGACAGUGUGAAUCGAGCACCGUAGGUUCAAACCUGCCAACACAACCACAGCCAGAAUUACCGAAUAGUUCUAAUUCAGUCCCUGUGAGUCAACCGGUAGCUACACACGUCAUGAAAACAUUCACUAUUGGUACAAAUAGGGGCAGCAUAUUUGUACCAAAUGUUAUCGCUACCAACAUUGCCCCUCAUUUUACCGUACACCAUCAUCAUCAAUACGGUCUCCGAAACGGCCCAGCACCCAACGUUACCGUCAAUCCGAACGGGAAUUUCAAUACCAACUCUAGUGCUGUUAUACGACCUGGUUUCACACACCUUAGACCUUUCAUACCUCAAAACUCCAAUUUGAAUUUCAAUAUAAUUGGUAAUAACUCGUCCAUUCAGUCGCCAAUUUUGGCGGCCUCUCUGCAGACGAUCAAUAAAAUUGCUGCUCAGCAGCAUACCCAUCCACCCAGGCUUCAACAACAUCAACAACCAGGUAGAACGAAUCUUAACAAGAUCAUCAAUGUUGGUCCCGAUGGCUCCCAGAAAAUUCUACUAACCACUGGGUCAUUGCAUUCGCACGUCAUGUUGCCUGUCGAGCGACAGCAAGCUCAAACCAUGCCAGGAUGCAGCUACGGGUCUCAAAGACCCCAGGGUCCAUCAGCUUCGCGACUCAUAACGCCACAUCUGCAAGCAGCAAACAUGGUCAGCAAUGAUCAACAGAUACGGGUGCUAACUCCGUUGGAAAUAAUGCGCACUCUGCCUUCCCUGGAUACUGCCUCGUACGACGGUUCUUCGCUGAAUGAUUCCAUCGGACACGCACCACCACAUACUCAAACACAAAAUCACACUGCAACCAUGAACACAUCAAACACUAACAACACAACCAGCGUUACUCAUCAUCCGAUCAGCAUCAAAGAUCCGACUACUCCAGUUCGUACCGGCAGUGCUAGUAGUAACGGAAGUCUGAGCGGCCAACCUCUGCUCGCUUCUCCAGUCAGCAGUAACAGCAGUAGCGACGGCAAACGUCACAUCAUUGAUCAUCAUGACCAUCUAUCGGAAAGGGUCACCGGUAGCAGCAAUACAGCGCCUUCAAUGCUUACUAACAAUAAUAAUAAUAAUAACAACAACAAUAGCAACAGCAACAAUCAGAUCAGUAGCAGUGAGUUCGGGUGCGCUCGAAACUCGAUCCCCGCCACUACCAUUGCCAUCUCCGACACCACCUGUUUGCUAGGUGCUAGUACUAGCGCAAGCUCCACCAUUAGUUGUUAUUCUACUACUAGUGCUACCACCACCACUACUACUACUACUAGCGUUAUUACCACUACCACUACUGUUACUACUACUACUGUUGUUACUACUACCACUUCUACUACCGCACCAGAAACGGAUCAGGAUAAAAUCAGUGCCCAGCAGAAGAGCAUGCGCGAAGCUGAACAGGAACGCCAGUGGAAGCAACUGCAGCAGCAGCGCGCCCGAGAACAGCAAACCCAGCAGCAUCUGGUGAUGCAAGAUCAGAGGAUUCAAGAUCCUAACAUGCAACUGCAAGUUACAACAGAUGGUGCAGGGAUGGGACCCAUGGCAUGUCCAUCGCCGAAUUCUAGGGCUCAGUUUGUCUCACCGGUCAACAAAAACCGUAUGGUACCUAUGGGUAAAAAUCCUCCAUCCAGUCCGGUGUCAAACUUCCCUCAUCCCGGUAUGGCCACUGGCCGUCCGAUGCAGGUACAGAUGAUACAACAAAGAUCCCUUCCAGACCCGAAUCGAUCUAAUCAGAAUCCAUUUUCGCCACAAUCGCAGCCCGCUCAAUCGCCUCUUGAGAUGAUGCCCGAAUCUCCGGCUAGUCAGUCGGGAAUGGAUCAGUUUGCUCGGCCACCUUCCGAAGGUUUACCGGAUAGCUAUAUUCAUCAUUCACCCCAGACGCCACGAUCUGUCGGUCACCAGAGCCCCAUCCAGACGCCCAACCGGAGUCCCGCAUAUUCAGGACAACCGAUGGCAUCCCCUGCUGGGGCAAUGCGGAUAAAUCUGGAUACACCGUAUGCCCAAGCACCCGGCACACCCAGGCCUCAGUUUUCGGGAAAUCAGGUCCGACCUCCUACAGUUUAUGCUCGUCCUGGAGAACUUUUUGGAUCUGUACAGACUUCACCGUUUACCUCUCCUCGUUCUGAUGGAUUCAAUCCUCCUGUUCAGGAAGGAAACCGGCAACUACGAGACCUUUUGCAGCGACAGCAACUGCCGGCACCGGGAUCUAGCCCGGUUGGUAUCCAAAAUCAACAAUCCAAUCAGCAAUCUCCUCAACCUAUGCAACCACAGUCACCAUUCAUGGACGACGGCCAAUCAGUGGUUCAGAUGCAAGGAAUUCCUCAACAGCCCCAGCAACAAAAUCAAUUGCCUCAAAUGCAGAUGGGUCCUACCGAUAGUGGAACAUUCCGACAACCACUGCCGCCCAACAUGAUGACAAGACCACGAUUACAAAUCCCUGGUGGCGCCAUUCGAGGUCCCGGUGGACAAAUAAUUUCAGUACCGGGUCCUAACGGCAACCCAGUCAUGGUGAAACAGCAAAUUGUUCGUCCCGGUGGAGUAAACCAGAUGAUGAUAAGUCAACAAAAUCUUCUUCAACAGCAACAACUCAUGCGUCAACGGAUGCCAGUAGGCGUGAUUCGACCUGAUGGAUCCUUCAUAGGGCAAAUGGGAGGACAGAUUUUGCCACCUCAGCAUACCAUUUCCCAACAAAACAUGAUGAACUCUGAAACAGACCAACAGAACAUUGCCUUGAUAGCUCAACGUUUGGCCGGAGAAAGUGAAGCCCACGUGCCUGUUUCUUCGGCUGGACAGCAAAAUGCGGUUGUGGGACAGGAAGGUGUCGCUCAGAACCCUAACGCUCCCUCACAGGGUGGUAGCGAUCCGACAUCGGAGAUUCCCGACAGCAUUUCCGCAGAGUUGGAGAAGCUCGAACAGGAAGAUAAUGCCGGAAUUGGUGAAGUGGAAGGUGUUGGUGAUAUAUUGGGUGGCCUUGGUGACGAUGACGACGAGUUGUUGGAUUCACUGACAGCCGAUAUGGGUGAUGAUUUCAACAUUCUGGAAUACGCCGAUCCGGAACUGGAUACCGACGACGGAGGUGAAAAAAGUAAUAUACUGGAUGGUCUUGAGCUGGAGGAACCAGAAGGCGAUAAGUCGGAUGACAAAGCGAAGUCCGAUAAAACAAGUGGUAAUGAGAAAUCGGACGAGCAGAAAGCUUUACCUUCAAUUGUUCCCAGCCAGGCACAGACCUCCGUUAUUAACACUCAAACGAUGGCAACUCAACAGCAGCAGCAGCAGCAACAACAAUUGCCAGGAAUGGUGAUGCAAGGUCCAAACGUGAUGAUGCAUCAGCAGCAGUUGCAACCAAAUCAACAAAUGCAAGAAAUGCAACAGCAACAACAACUACAAAUGCCACAGCAGCAACAAAUUCUAGGGCAGCAACAACCGGGUCAGUUGCAGCAGAUGAUUGAUGGAUCCCAACUUGUGACCCAGCAGCAGCAACAGCAACCACAACAACAAUUGCAGCAGCAACUUAUCGCAGGUCAAAUGAAAACUAUCCGACAGAAUAUACUGACCCCGGCUCAUCUACAGCAAAUUCAGCAACAAAUGCAGCAACAGGUACAGCAAGCGGCAGCCAUGGGAAAACCGAUGGCAGUUGGAACCCAGCUGCUGUCGAAGGAAGGAGCUGUCGGGGUGGUCACUGCUAACAAUACAGUCUCUGUUAGCGUUAGAACUAGUUUGUUGAACCAACAAAGGAUGCAGCAGUUGAAGUUGGGUCAUCCAGGUGGAAUGAUUCAACAGCAGAACAUUAUCGGAGGGCAGCAACAGGGUCGCAUUGUACAACAGAUUCAAGGCAACCGAAUCGUCCAAACGGUUAACAAUCCAAAUCAGCCUGUACAGCAACAGCUUGGCCCUGGACAAUCGGUUCUUCACCAACAACUACAACAACAACCGACCCAAGCGGGUGCAGUGGCAGGACAGGUUCCUGGACAACCACCGCCACCACCCUACCCGGAACCCCCGCCUCCUUAUCCAGGUAGUCAACAGGGAGUUCUACAGAACCCGAACGUUGUGAAUCAGCAUUACCAAAUAAACUCCCCACCAUCACUGCCGCCGCCACCAACACCGCAACCACUUCCCUCUCUCCCCCAACUGGGGUAUUCCACUCAAUAUGGACAUCAUUCCGGGACCAUAUUUCAUCAGCAUCAUGCUCGAGAGUUCGCAUCUUCGGCCGAGAACUUUCCAACACCCAAUGAUGGUGGCUCAACCAGACGGUCAUUGCUUCUGAAGGAGCAAAGAUUGCUGCUAGAGGACUUACUGGAGCAGGAAAAACGUGAACAGGCGGCUGGACAGCUAGGGGAUGUCCCCGCUGGAACACCAGGAUUAUCUGGUUCCAACACCAAUCUUCAACAGCAACAGGGUGGUGGGAUGAUGUGUGAACAGGACUUUGAGAAUUUGCUAAACAACCAACAACAACAGCAGCAGGGAAUCCGGGUCGUUCAGCAAAACAUUGUACCGGGUCAAAUGCCACCACAAAUGCAAAUUCAACAACAACAGCAACAGCUUCUACCACCUCAGCGACAGCAGCAACAACCUGGACAAAUGCAAUCACCAGUUGGUGGACAAUACAUCCUGCAGCAACAGCCUGUCAAUCAACAAUGGCGACCGCAGGCUCCAAUUCCUCCUGGUGGAGCAGUUGCGAAUCUGUUAAACCCAUUGCACAAAGCUGCCGGCGUUCCCAGUCCUAGUACGAGUUCGGCGACAGUAACUGCUCAAACAGUGGAAUCAACUCACAAACCGAUUCCACUGUUUCAAGGCAGUUUGCAGCCCGCUCCUCCAGUGCCUCCGGAAAACAUUACCAAUGAUCAGGAGAGACAAACUCAAAUCAAUUACGAAAAUUGGAUGAAUCAACAAAACAUAACACUGACAAAUCAACUGAAGCAUUACGAAACUGAAAUAGGCAAACUUCGGAAGGUAAAAAAGCAACUGAAUACUAAACAACGACAGUUGAAGAAAAAUGGCGGGGAACUUACCGAGCCAGAUAUGAAAGAACUAACACAGGUCAUUUCGGAUCACGCUAUAAUUCAACGGCAUUUAGAUAAUGCCCGAAAACAGCAGCGACAACAUACGGUUCUCAUACAGGAGUACAAAACAAAACAACAAGCAAAACUGCAAACUAAUGCAGCAGCACUUCCUGGCAGCUCCCCUGCACAAAUUGCCCCUCCAUCACCAUUGAUGUCCCCAUCCCCAAGUUCUCAGCCUAACAUGAUUCAUCAGCCACCGGCACAAUCACCACUGAACAAUGUCAUUAUGCAGCCUAGCCAAAGUCCGCUGCACUCCCCUGGACCUUUAAUGUCACAAAGUCCGGGUCCAUCGAGUGUAAACUCUAUCAUGCAGAGUCCAGGACAUCAUACUAAUUCGAACAGUGCGAUGUCCCCUUUCAACACGAUGCAACAGUCACCAAGAAUCGGUACCCCACAUUCGCAAGUGGCAGACGAAAAUCCGUUCAGCCCAGGACCAUCGCCUUCACCUUCGAUUCCCGGAAGACUAACGUCUCCUGCUCCGCGCAUGACGUCACCUCAACAUCGCGUAUCAGGUCAGCCACCAAUGCCACCCGGCAGAAUGGUCACCAGUCCUGGUGGGCAAUACGUUCAGCAAAAUAUCAUAGUACAAAACCAAAUGAUGGGACAGCAGCAGACACGCUUCGUCAGACCUCAAAUCAUUUCAAAUGAUCCCAACAUUCGAAUGCGUGUUGCAAAUUCCAUUCAACAACAGCAGCAACAGCAAAUGAUGCAACAAAAUGCCAACAUUCGUCAAAUGCAGCCAGGCUACACCUCACCUCUCGGAAGUCCUCAACCUAAUAUGUCGCCGGGAACGCCACAGCAACAACAGCAACAGCAGCAACAAAACAUGCAAAUGAUGCAGCAGCAACGGGUUCAGCAAAUGCAACAACAGAGACAACAGAUUCUGAUGCAACAGCAACAGCAACAGCAAAUGAAUCAAAUGCAACAACAGCAAAUAAUGCAGCAGCAACAACAACAAAUGAAUCCACAGCAACAACAACAAAUGAAUUCCCAACAACUACAACAAAUGCAACAAUCAAUGCAGCAACAGCAACAGCAACAACUAUCGCAGAUGCAAGCUCAACAACAACAGCAUCAACAACAGCAUCAACAACAGCAUCAGCAGCAGCAACAGCAACAACACAUACAGCAUCAGCUAAAUCAGAUGCAACAACAAAAUCAGCAACAAAUGAACUACGCUAAACAAAGCCCUGUCCAUCAGCAACCUCCGUCACCUCUUCUUAAUCAAGUUGGGGGACCGACAACUCCCACUUCCUCUUCUAUGCCUCCCAGUCCGAUGUUAUACUACCAACAACAGCAACAACAGCCGCAGCAACAGAUAAUACAAAGACCUCCGAGCACCGGUGGAACAGCACAGCAGCAAUUUCUACAACAGCAGCAAAGUCCAGUAAUGGAAGGUAACGUUCCAAAUGCCGGAAGUAGUGGGAGUGGUGGUGGCGGUGGCCUCAACAAUCCGUCCAAUCCAAUUCCUUUCCCUCCGGGAUUCGAUGUGUACCGGUCUAUAAAGCUAGGUCUACGCGGUGGUGCCCCAAUGUGGAAUAAUUCACGCGGUGGCAAAGUACCCAACCCGGCGGCAAUAGCCCAUAUGCAACAACAGCAAAAGCAAGCAGCUGCUGCCGCAAUGGCAAACAAAGCAACCGUGAACAAUUCCGGACAAAUAACUACAACAAUGCUAUCGGGUAGCAGCGGCUCACAGCAGCCGAUUAUUCGUAAUCGAAUUAUUGUACAGAAGGCCACAGGUAUGCCGGAUGUAUUGAUUGAAGGUGGAUUCGAGGAAGAUGGUGAAAAACGAUUAGUUGGAACCGAGAUUUCUCUGAAUUCCAUUGCACGGACAGCUACGGAAGGGGACGAUAUGAUGGAAAGUUAUAGCCAUUCCGGAUUUGAGAUGGGAGCUACUGCUCUGGGUAACCAAAUUGUUAGUGGUGAAUACAAUCUGUUCACGGGUGAUGUUGUUGAUAGCGUCGGCAAGGAAGCUGAAAAAAGUACCAUCAAAACGAUUAUACGCAAAGAAGGCGAACAUUCUACAAUAAUUGGGAAUGAAAACAUAAAGUUGGUUCAAAAUAAUGAAAGGAACAUUGCAACUACCGAAGAUUUCGAAGCGAUGAUCGAUAGUAGACCUAAAGAUUUCGACGGGAAACCGGAUGAAGAAUUAAAAGAAACGGAUGAAGCUGGCAAAAGUGGCAUGAAGACACCAACCAAAGAUUCAACGGUUAUGCCUGCAGGUUUACAGCAAAGUCCCAAACCGAUUACUUACCCGGGGAGAAUUGCAAUACAGCAAACAUUGUUACAGAAUCGACCUCCAAUUGUCACAACUGUUUCAGCGGCUCAUAAAAAGCUGGUUAAAGAUGCUACUGAAACUACUGCCAAGUUAUCAAUAGGGAAUACUACUAUAUCCGUUCCAAUACUGAAAAGCUUUCCCUUGAAUGCAACUCCACCUAAAACGCCGACUGAAGGUCCCCCGAACCCGCAGAAAUCCAAUAUGCCACCCCAAACUAAAAAAAUCAUCAAUACAAACGCGAUAUCUCUGGCAAAUAUUUCAAAAAGUACUUCCGGAGGGACGGUGAUAACCAUGGCUGGACAAAAAAUCAACACCACAAGCAUUGUUACCUUGUCAUCACUCAAUCUAACCCAAUCGCCAACGUUCAUUACGAAAACGAUAACCAAGGCAGGGCCAAAUGCGCAUCACGGUACUCAGCCACAUAAUUCCGGUCAUCUACCACAGCAGUUGAAAAUUCAACAAAUUUCUCAAGCACCAUCCCAGCAGCAAGCUCCCAAUCAAAUGGAGAGUAUGACAAUGAAACCUAAGCCAAAGGCUCCUUCACCGGGUCUCGGUUAUGCAAAGUUAUCGUCUCUCACGGUCACCCAGGAUACUUCAUUACCGACGAAAAUUUUCGAAGACGAUUCUAUCUCACCGGAUAGCUCUAUCGGCCAAGAAGAUACCGAACAGCUAAGUGCCGUAGAGUCCACCUUAGACGAUACAACACGGGCUGACCCCUCUGGUGCGAACGAAAACGAGAAUCUCGGAAUUGUGGUAGCCCACGAAAGUUCUAACGACUCUCAUUCGGGAGAACUUAAAAAACAAGGAGUUAUCCCGGUUCACGUGAUUUCUAAAUCGAGAGAAAAUUCCAAAAGUCCAAUUCUUGGACCUGCCGGACAAAGGAUAUCUGCAAUGCCUCAACUCUCACCGCUCUCUCAGCCAAACGAACUUACCAUGAACGCUAUGAACGUGUCCCAGCAGGUUCGUUCUAUUAUGUCGUCGAUCAAUGCCAGUACUGCCUCAUCUGUCAGUCAAAUGAAAGCUGAAGGAAGUGGAACUGUCAUAACAACGACUCCAGCUAGCGCCUCUGGUACUAUUUCCACAAUCACUUUUGAUACGGUUAUUCCGAAAGGAGACAACAUGAGCAAACCGGAAACAAUAGCCAGCAUUCUCAAAACCGUUUCGGGCAAAACGAUUCUUCCCGCAGCGGCCGUAGCUAAUGCUUCUAAUGCGAACAAGUCAGAACAAUCAAGUAGCUCAAUGACCACUACCAUCUCUUCAAUGCCUGGAACAAAACUGUUGAAUCAACAGCUUCAAAUUGGUCGAAUAUCACCUGCUGUUUCUUCCGGAGGCAACAAUAUUCUGGUAGUAAAACAAGUUAGAGCACCAUUACAGAAACAAAUCAGUCAAACUCAAGCGCAAAAACAACUGGUAGUUCUGGCUCAACAACAGCAACAAAUAAGAAUGCAACAGCAGCAGCAACAACAUCAGCAGCAGCAACAGCAGCAGCAACAACAACAACAACUACUACAACAACAGCAGCAACAACAAUUUCAAAUGCAUCAACAACAACAACAGCAGCAUCAACAACAACAACAGCAGCAGCAUCAACAACAGCAACAACAUUCAACUGGUAGUGUAAUCAUUCAGGGACAAACUCGUAUCCAACCCGCCGAUGUUUCAAAAAGUACAGUUGACAGUAGCAGUACAAGUAGCAUUGCGAGUAUUUUGAGCAGUACACUGCAGCAACCUCAAACGAGAAUCAUAAACUAUGGGGAAAUUCCUGGCCAGUCGACCAGCUUGGUUGUGACUACACGACCAGGAGUUAUUUCCACGGCUAGUAUGCAAUCCGUUAGCUCGGCACCUACAUCCGUUACACCCUCGACAAGCAUUCUUAGCGCAACGUUGUCGCAACCUUUGAAAACAAAUACACCGACCAUUACAACGCUAUUACAACAUCAACUGCAGGGAGCCUCAUUUCGUCGAUCAAAAUCAACGGACGAAGUUCCAAUAGGUAUGUCACGCGAUGCUUCCGGUCAACCAAUUAGCAAACGAUUAAGUUUGGAGGCUUCCAACAUGGUGAAAAGUGAACCAGUUGAUAAUACCGAUGAAAAUAACGUUUCAUCAACUUCGUCCGUUAGUUCUACUACCGGUCAGGGAAGUGGUUGCAAAUUUUCUGUAAUGUCUACACCGUCUAAUGCUAAACCCGAAUCGGAUAGCCAGAACGUACUUCUGAAACAAUUAUUACAAAAUACUGGUUCGAGUUCUACGCCUUCGCCAACUCCUCCACCGAUUCCCAGACCGGUUCCUAGCUUGAUCACAAAUCAACGUGCACCGAGUUUAGGGGUUGUAAGUUCUCUAGAAGCACAGUUGGCACGGCCAGUCAUACCACCUUCUGCAAAUCCACAGGCCAUCCAGAUCAUCAGCACACAAUCUGUAACGGUACCAACGUCCAGUGUGAUGGUCACUUCCGAACCUCCAAAAAUGACCGCUACCAAGAUUGUUUCGCGGGAGACAUCGUUUGUUUCGAAACCAACAUCCGUAUCGAUAUCCGCUAGCCACCCAACACCAAACCUCGUAGCUAAUAUGCUAGCCGCUAGCAUGAAAAAAGAAGAAAUGAUGCAAGCUGCUGCGGCAUCGGCUGCAGCCGCAGCCUCCACUGCUAGUCAACCUAUCACCAUCCAGAGCAUGGUUAAAACCGAAUCCGGACAAAUGACAGUAACACAAAUUACUCAACCGGCUCCAACCCAACCAAUCCAAGUGGCACCAGUACAAACGCCUCCAGUGCAAUCCGAAUCAGCGAACAUGGUAACGGUCGUAAAGCGGGAGCCAACUCCCGUACACAUGCAAGGACCGGUGUUCAAACUUCCGGAACAUUCCCCACAACCGUCUCCGCAAAUGCCGAAAACCAGCACUCCAGUCGAUAUCAAAAAGGAAAAUCUAGAUGAACAAUCCUCUGGACCUUCGCCUAUGCUAGUUUCACCUGCACAAACGCCUGUUCCGACAGAACCUAUUAAGCAAGAACCUAAUCUUCUUAAAGAAGAACCUAUCGGUGGGAAUGAAACAGCAACGUUGCCCCCGGAUCCGGCUACAAUGGCCAAGACGGCUGCUGAAAUUGCGCAUGAGCUGAAGAAGAAAAAACGCCGUGAGUACCAAAAAAACCGCCGACAGCAGCAGAUUCUCUCCAACAAGGAACAGCAGCAUCAGGCCAAGAAGAAACCACGAAAGUCUGCGAAACUCGAGGAAGAUUACGAUACCUACAUCGAUAACUUAAUGCUUCAAUUGCGGCAACUUCCGCCUAUGCAGAUCCUGGAACCGAUGUUACCGAGAAACUACGGCGUUUGUCAGCUAUUCGGAACCGGCGACCUUAGCAAAUUUACCACUACAGCUGAUUACACUAUUGCACGGGGAGAUUUGAGCGGCGCUUACGGCAACGCACAAAUACCAAAUGUAGCCGAUUUCUAUAACACGAAACCUUUUGGAAUCAAAGAACCUCCUCCGGAACCUGUGCCAGUGUCCACGCAGCGCGAAUUCUACGAUCAAGAGUUCCCACCGAUCAAAUUCGAAACAGAAGAGCGCAUUCGGUACGAGUUUUCGAAAGAUCGCGAUUUGGAUUCGCCCGAUACUAUCAUAAGUACCUCCAGUCCGGAGUGUGUCCGAUGGGAAUCGCCGAUACACUUCCCCGGCCUUCGGGUCAUCAAAGAGGAGAGUUCCGAGGACGAACAGAUGAUGGUAUACAAAAGAAUGUCCCCGGUGGUUCCGAUUGUUGCUCCAGUACCGAUUCGGUUGAAAAAAGGCAUCACAUUAUCGACAGAUCGAAGUCUUGCUCUGGUUGAUAACAACAAAGAAAAUGAAGGCAUUUGUUCGGAACUGUUGGGUGUUAAAUCACGAUUUGGACCUCCAACUCCGCUUAAAGACUCUAGUAAUGUUACGGUUACGCUUACCUUGACUUCUUCGGCUGCUGAAGACAUCAUCGGAGUGUUACGCGAUUUGGCUAACAUCCUAGAGAUUCCACCACCAAUGACGUAUCAGAUAGUGGAACGAACAACUACCCCAACUAGUCAGAAAUUAGGAUUGUACAGGACCAAGGGACGCGAUGGCAAGGAAGGUGCUCCGAUUGACAUCCAAACCAUACUGAAUGGAGCAGCUAAAUUUUGUCGUCACUGCGAUGUUGUUAUUCUGAAUACACUCAUUACAGCCAAACCAUCGGAAUUCCCACUGUUGAGUAAUGAAAUUGAGCAGGAGCUUGAGUCGGAAGAGCUCUACUUUUGUAGCAAGGUUUGCUACCGGCAGUUCCAAUGGCGUCCAACCAACAUCUUGGAGGACAAGCUAUUAGGUGGGGAUUCUAAAACGAGGGACACUUUGCUGUCCAAGUAUGACUUCGAUUUGGAGGACAGUCUAAGUGGAAGCAACACGGAUAUCGUGAAACAGGAGUUGAACGACGAUGCCGACGUUAGCAUGACAAGCAUACGGUCUUCUGACAGUCGUGAGUCGAAUUCAAAUGAUCGGAAGAAAAAAAUGGACGAACCAGAGAAGGAAACUGGCCCACCUAACAAACAGCUGAAGGGUUUGAAAUACAAGGUAUUUGGACCGAAUUGCUUCGCUAGUAGUCGGUUCAAAAAGCCCACUGAAAAAGAAAUUACGGAAACGUUAUUCCGCAUGAACAUCACCGUAACACCAACACCAAAGAUGCCCGAUGAUUCUCGAAGAUGUAUCUUCUGCCAUACGAUCGGUGACGGAGUAGCAGAUGGUCCGUCCCGACUGUUGAACUAUGAUGUCGACAAAUGGGUGCACCUUAAUUGUGCUCUCUGGUCUGAUGGAGUCUAUGAAACCGUAAAUGGAGCUCUGAUGAAUCUGGAAAACGUGCUACAGUCCAGUCUCAGCUCCGUCUGUACAUUCUGUAACAACAUGGGAGCAACUGUAAAGUGUUUCAAGACCCGAUGCGCCAACGUUUAUCACUUGAGUUGCGCUAUGAAGGACAACUGCGUGUUCUACAAGAACAAAAGCACUAUGUGUCAAUCGCAUGCGUCAAAAACGGAGAAGGAUUCCGAACUGACUACCCUAAGCGUUCAACGGAGAGUGUACGUGGAUCGCGACGAAAGCCGCCAAGUCGCCUCCGUGAUGCACCAUUCCGAAUCUAGCAAUUUGCUGCGAGUAGGCAGUUUGAUCUUCCUUAGCGUUGGACAACUGUUGCCGCAUCAGCUUCAAAGCUUCCACACUCCGAACUACAUCUACCCUAUCGGAUACAAAAUAAUGCGCUUCUAUUGGUCCAUGCGAAGGCCAAAUAAACGGUGUCGUUACGUGUGUUCGAUAGCUGACGUUGGUGGUCGGCCGGAGUUCCGAGUACUGAUCCAAGAACCAGGUGAAGAGGACGUGGAAUUACGCGAUAGCUCACCGAAAAGCGUAUGGCAACGAAUUCUCGACCCGAUGGUAAACUUGCGCCGGGAAAAUAAAAUCGUGCAGCUGUUCCCGAAAUACAUUACCGGAGAGGACCUCUUUGGUUUGACUGAGCCUGCUGUAGUUCGCAUCCUUGAAAGUCUACCGGGGAUUGAAACGCUAACGGAUUAUAGGUUCAAAUAUGGUCGCAACCCUCUUUUGGAACUACCUUUGGCAAUCAAUCCAUCAGGAGCAGCGCGAACUGAGCCAAAACUGAAGCAAUCGUUAGUGUGGAAAAAACCACACACCCAGAGAACGGGUUCGGUGAGCCAGAGACCAACGUUUGUCCCCACCAGUUCACCAGCAGGGGAAGUUGCGUGUCCGUAUAGCAAACAAUUCGUUCACUCGAAGAGUUCGCAGUAUAAGAAAAUGAAACUGGAAUGGCGGAACAACGUAUUCUUGGCACGAUCGAAAAUUCAGGGUCUUGGUUUGUACGCUGCACGGGAUCUCGAGAAGCACACGAUGGUGAUAGAAUAUAUCGGAGAGGUCAUCAGGACCGAGGUUUCGGAACUGAGGGAAAAACAGUACGAAGCAAGGAAUCGUGGCAUCUACAUGUUCAGGCUCGACGAGGAACGGGUUGUGGACGCUACACUAUCCGGUGGCUUGGCACGAUACAUCAAUCACUCGUGCAAUCCGAACUGUGUCACGGAAACGGUUGAAGUAGAGCGGGAUCUACGAAUCAUAAUCUUCGCCAAACGACGCAUCAACCGAGGAGAGGAGUUAUCGUACGAUUACAAGUUCGAUAUUGAGGACGAUGCGCACAAGAUAUCGUGCAUGUGCGGCGCUCCAAAUUGUAAAAAGUGGAUGAACUAAUCUAAUGUGGACAGAGACCAAUGUGGGCGAAAUGUAAUUGUAUUAUUUGUUAUAUUUUAAAUCAUGCUGUAUAUUUAACAGGAACAUCAUUCGAUUAUGUAACAGAUUUAUUUAGUUGUAAAGUGUUAAAAAUUAUUUUCUAGAUUUAUUAGGGUUAGAAGAAUACUGUUCAAAGUCAGUUUUUCAACGGUAAGAAAAUAUUAUGACAGGCAUAAAAGUAUAUUGCAAACAUAGAAAAGCGAACUAGUCUUAAGUUGAAAGUCGGUAGAAAGCAGGACAUAAUCGUGUGUAUAUGAGAAUUAGGCAGAAAAGCUGUUUUAUGAGCUUAAGUAAGUAGAUAUUAUUUGUAGUAGAACAUAGGUUAACAUAUUAUGUUCAGUUUUGUUCAUUCUCCUUGUACUGUAGAAGAGACUGCAUUAGUAGAAUAUUUAGGAUCUUAUCUUGCCAGGAACACGCUUUAGCUUCAAGCACUAAAACAGAAAUAAAAACAUGUCAGUAGCGGUCCGGCAAAAGAAUAAAAUCAUCAAGAACCCAUCCAAAUGCUUAAUUCGAAGGAUUGGAUUUCAAAAAUCAAUCAUGUUUUACUAGAGCAAAUGCUUCACGAAAAGAGGCACCAAACGGAUAGAAUAUUUCGAAUCCAUUAAAUGAUGAGUCAACGUAAUAAUAUCGUGUACGCGAAGAGAACCAACAACGGAUCAAAUCUGGUUUAUCGAGGUUACAUCAACACAUAGAGAAUGCUAUUUUAAUUGCAUACUUAGUAGGUAUAUAUUAGAUACAUACACAGAUACACACAAGUACUUGAAACAAUAAGCAAAACACAGUAAAACGGGACAUUAAUUCACGUGAAAUUACGGAUGCGAAUAUAUCUAUAUAUUUUCGGAAAAUACUUUGCAAUAUAUAUAUUUUGUAUACAUACUACAAUUCUGGAACAUAGAUGAUUAUUGACGGUUCGCCAGGAGGCGGAAUCUCGAUCUACGAGAGGUGUUACAUGUUAAGAUGUAAUAACUAUUGAUUGUUAUCUUGAAGGGAAGUAUAAAGUAGGGAACCGUGCGUGGGGUUGGAGAAUCUGACCUAUUUUAGUAGAUAUGCAAAAAUAAAUCACUGCUAGUAGGAUUCUAGAAUACCUGUAAAAUAUAUGCUUAGGGGCAAAUAUAGAAUACAAGAAUAAUAAAUAAAA